AUGGGAAGUUAUCCUCACGAACCAGACAACUCAACCAAGUCUUGUAAGUCCCGUGGGUCAAACCUACGUGUAUACUUCAAGAAAAUCCACGAAGUGGCCAAUGCGCUUCAGCACAUAACUCUAAUCCGCGCUCAAUGCUUUCUAAAGAACGUGGUGGACAAGGAUUGCGUACCCUUCGGGCGCUUCAACGAAGGCGUGGGCCACUGUGCUCAGGCCAAGCAUUGGAAAACAACGCAGGGACGCUAAUCCAAGCAGUGCGCCGAGUUCCCUCAACUGCCGCGUAACACCGAGUCGAAUGCCGACUAUAAUGAAUUGGACGUAGACAAGUUGGUGAUUGACCACAUCCAGGUAUAUCGUGCUGUCUGACUCAGAUGUCGCACGUACAGAGCCCACGAUCGCAUAACCUACAUGUCCUUUCCGUGUCACAUCGAGGUGAUCUUUACGGAAAAGUACGACGUAGUGGUCAAGACGACAGACGAGAAGCCAACGAAGAAGAAGCUGUCCAAGAAGUAGCUCUAGCGGCAGAAGGAGAAGAUGAUGAGGAAUUAA